AUGACUAGCCUAUUCCUGAAAAUAGGUAUAUUUGAGGCACAUUGUGGAAGAUUAGCAGCGCAUGCAAGGAAACAUGUAUGUGGUAUUGCCAAUAUCUUCAAUGCAAUGCUGGGAUUAAAAGUGAGAAAAUGUCUGCUCAAGCAUGUUCAAGCUGAUGUGUGCCACGCUUACCAAAUAUUGAAGGUUGGUGGUCUUAAGGAUGAGAACAUCAUUGUAUUCAUGUACGAUGAUAUUGCUAACAAUACAGCAAACCCUAGACCUGGUGUCAUAAUCAAUAACCCACAUGGUCAUAAUGUUUAUAAAGGUGUCCCAAAGGAUUAUGUAGGUGAUGAUGUUAAUGCUAAAAACUUUUUCAAUGUCAUCCUUGCCAACAAAAGUGGUGUUGUUGGGGGAAGUGGUAAAGUUUUGAAGAGUGGUCCAAAUGACCAUAUCUUCAUAUACUAUACUGAUCAUGGUAGCCCUGGAAUGAUUAUAAUGCCAAGUGGAGAGCCGAUUUAUGCAGAUGAACUAUUUAACGUGUUGAAAAAGAAGCAUGCAUCAAAGACGUAUGACAAACUGGUGUUUUACCUAGAAGCCUGUGAAUCUGGAAGCAUAUUUGACGGUAUUCUCCCCAAAGGACUUAAUAUCUAUGCCAUGACUGCAUCUAAACCCAAUGAAGAUAGUUUUGGCACAUACUGUGGUGAGAGUACUCCUAUUGAUUCCUGUUGGGGUCAGUGCCCCCCUCCGGAGUUUAAGGGUCUUUGCUUAGGAGACUUGUUCAGUGUUGCCUGGAUGGAAGAUAGUGAUGUACAAGAUAGAAAAACUAACACCUUGCAUGGGCAGUAUAUUCGAGUUGCAAAAAGAACUGCUGCCAACUUAACAUAUGAUAAGUAUGGCUCCCAUGUCAAAGAAUAUGGUGAUAAAGUGGUGAGUUUUGAUCCUCUUGUUGUAUAUAUGGGUGAAACUUCCAAAAAUCACAGCCAUGACUCUGUGGAUGCAAAGUCAUUCUCAACAUCAUCAUCAAGGAAUGUGGAUCAGAGAAGUACUGAACUUUUCUAUUUGGUCAUAAAACACCAAAAUGCUCCUGAAGGCUCUGAUGAGAAAUAUGAAGCUCGUGUGAAACUAAAUGAAGUUAUGUCACAGAGAAGUCAAGUUGACAACAAUGUAAAACAUCUAGCGGAUCUUCUUUUUGGUGUUGAAAAAGGUAAUGAGAUACUACACAGCGUUCGACCUGCUGGACAACCACUUGUUGAUAACUGGGAUUGCCUUAAGUCUUAUGUCAAGAUAUUUGAAACACAUUGUGGAAGAUUAACAGUUUACGGAAGGAAACAUGUACGUGGUAUCGCCAACAUCUGCAAUGCUGGGAUUACAAGUGAGAAAAUGGAUGCUAUGUCUGCUCAAGCGUGUUCAAGUUAGUAGAGGGUACUCUUGGUAGUAGGCAAAUAUUAUGUUUUGCCAGUUUGUAUUAACAAAUAGCUACAUUCAGAAAAGGCUUCUUAGAAGCAGAUCUUUGCCUUGUAACCAUGUACUAAAGCUUUGUUUUCUAAAUAAUAAUGCCCUUCGAAAUUUUUAUGCAUUUAAA